AUGCACAACAUUGACUCUUUCGAACUUCCCAAGUGGAUUGAUAGGCAUGCCCUGGAUGCAUCUCUGGUGUUGGCCGGGAGCGCAACUCCCCCACUGUCAAUUCAGGACUUGAUCGAGCUUUCUUCGGACAAACAGGCAACUUCCAGCAACCUGUCGGUCGACUCAUUGAAGUUGACUCUGGGUCCAGGAAACGGCAGUCACAAUCUUCGUCAGGAAAUCUCCGGCCUCUACAAUGGAGUCACAGCAGAUAACAUCCUAGCGACCAAUGGAACAACAGGUGCCAACUCGCUUGUCUUCCAAACCCUGCUUAAGCCUGACGAUCAUGUCAUUGCCAUGUAUCCUUCAUAUACCCAGCUCCUGUCUAUCCCCAAAGCUACCGUCGGGGAGAACAUUUCAUAUUGGUCUCUCGAUCUGGACAAUCAGGCCCAGGCAGAUCUGCAGCAGCUGAAGGGCAUGAUCAAGCCCACUACGAAAAUGAUUGUGCUGAACAACCCAAACAACCCCCUGGGAACUACCCUGAGCCUCGAAAUGCAACAUGAAAUAGUUGCCCUGGCCCGCGAACAUGGUCUGAUCCUUCUGGUUGAUGAGAUCUUCCGCCCGUUGUUCCACGACUCGACAAAGCCGCCAUCUUUUGUGGAGCUUUCGGAAGAGACUGACAGUGUUAUUGUCACCAGCUCCAUGAGCAAAGUUUGGGGGCUAUCUGGAGCCCGCAUAGGUUGGAUCGCCACGAAAAAUGCCAAAAUUCUCUCUGACUGCUUUAAUCUGGGCUUCUAUACGAUCAUGGCUGUGGGUACUAUCGAUGAGGUCAUCGCCGCGGAGGCUUUGAGUGAUCGAUGCCGGCCUCAGAUCCUGGCAAAGCAUCUAGAAAUGGCUCAGAAGAACCUCAGUCUCUUGGAAAGCUUCGUCAAUAAACACGCUGGUGUCUCGUGGAUCAAACCAAGCUCGGGAGCGACAGCUUUCGUGCGAUUCUCUUCUAACGGAGCCCCUGUCGAUGAUGUUGACUUCUGUUUGAAGCUGAAGGAGAAGAAGGGCGUUUUGCUAGCCCCUGGAAGUCUCACAUUUGGGUUGGCGGCUGCUCAGGAUUUCCGUGGGUUUGUCCGAAUGCACAUCACAGCUCCUCCGGAGAAGGUACAGGCAGCUCUGGAAGCCAUUGAUGAAUAUUUGGGCUAA